AUGAGCAACAUCAAAGGUGUAGAAUAAUAAACCAAGUCUAAGUAUAAUGAACCACAUGUUGAAAAUGUAUUAGUUGGUUUGAGAUUAAGACCCACAGAUUCCAAUGAUAAAAUAUGCAAUAUUGUCAACGAGAAAUCAGUCAUUGUUAAAAAAUCUAAUGAGCGCUUUUCUUUUGAUAAUGUAUUCGAUGAAGCUGCAUCCUCAAAAGAUAUCUUCACUAAAAUGGUCUAACCAAUUGUACAGAAAUGUCUAUUAGGAUAUAAUGGCUCCAUUUGCGCAUAUGGGUAAACAAGUUCUGGAAAAACAUACACAAUGAAGGGGAGCAAUAAGGAACCAGGACUGAUUUAGUUAUCAAUUGAUUAUCUGCUUCAAUCCAUUAAUAAAAUUACAGAUACCUUCAGCAACUUAAAGAUUUCAUAUAUAGAGAUUUACAAUGAAAAUAUUUAUGAUCUCUUGAUUAGAGAUCUUUAAGAAAUGAAACCUAACACAUCUAAUGAAUACAGAUGGGAAACCAUCAAUUCAUUAAUUUAAUUCGAUGAAAUUUUUAAAUUGGGGGAAGAAUAAAGACAUUUUGGAGAAACUAAAAUGAAUGACAAUUCUUCAAGAUCUCAUGUCAUCUUGUAGAUUGCCAUUGAGACAAGAUAGAAGUGUCCUCCAUUUAUCAUUCGCAACUCUUAUCUCCACUUAGUUGAUUUGGCUGGUUCUGAAGGGUUAUUAAAGACUUAAGCUGAAGGAUUGAGAAGAAAAGAAGGAUUUCUCAUUAAUAAAAGUUUAUUGGCACUUCAAAAUGUUGUUUCGAAACUCAAGGAAAAUAAAAAGGAUUAAUUCGUCAAUUUUAGAGACUCAAAAUUAACUAAAAUACUCAAACCUAGUUUGAAUGGUAAUUCAUUGACUGUUAUGCUAUUAACUAUUAGUCAGAAUAAUGAAAAUUAUUUAGAAUCUGUAAACACAAUGAGAUUUGGAAUGUCUGCUGGUGCAUUGAAAAAUACUGUAAAUGCCAAUGAAAUUUAAGAAUGUAAUACGUUUUAGAGUGAAGCCUAUAAUGAGAUGAUUGAAUAAGUGGAAAAUUAUCAAACAUAGUUACAAGAAAUGUAGUAAUAAUUAGACAUUUAUAAAAACAAGAGUGUGGAUGAGUAAAAUACUAUCAAAUAAAUAAAAGAAUUGGUUAUGGAAAAAAAUAUUCUGAUUGAAGAUUAAUUGAAAACAAUUACCGAAUAAAAUAUUGAAAAGUAGCGUCUAUAAGAUUAAAUUAAUUAGUUAUAAAGAUGUAAUUAAGAACUAAUUUCUACAUCAAAUGAAAAUUCAAAUUACCUUAACUAUUUUAGAAAUAUAGUUGAAACUAAAGGAGUCUUGAAUCCUAAACUUAUGGUUGAAUGUAUAACUUAAACUGAUAGUUGUGAAGCUGAUUAAUAAAUUAAAGUAUUGGAAUAGGAAAAUGUUUCACUCAAAUAAUAAAUUAGCGAGAUGAAGAAUAAAUUCUCAUACGAGAUUUAAGAUGUUAAAGAUAUGGUUUCAGGAAUUAAGAAAAAUAAGGAGUUUACACCUGCAAAGAACUUAAAAUUUUAAUCAAAUAAAGAUUUGAAUGGAUAAAAUGAAAACUAAAAAGAAGCCAAAACAUGGUUAUAAAAAAGUCUUUAAAAAACUAAUUAAUACUUAGAAUCACUGAAUCUCUUAACUACUCUUUAAACUUAGUUAAUUGAAUAAACUAAAUAGAAUAUGAUUCUCCGUAACUUCCUUGACAAGAAAGAAUAAGAAUAUACUGAAUUAGAGAGAGCCAAUUUUGUACUUCACAAAUCGAUAUUUGAUUUAUAAGAAAGGUUAAGUGAAAUUCAAAAUGAUGAUAAAAAAGAAAAUGCAUGGAAAAUGAAUUCUGAGAAAUCAAAUAAACAAGAAUCUUUAAUCAAGAAGAGAGAGAGACAGAGACUAUAUCAGAGUCCCACCAAAGAUGAACUUAAAAGAAACUUAUUCAGAUAGGAAUAGAGGAAUUAGAUUUAUGAAAAAGAGCUGAAUAAGUACAUGAAGAAUUUGGAUUAAAUAUCAAAAUAAAAAUAGGAGCUUUAAUAGUUUUCACAUCAUUUAUAUAUGGCUUGCAUAGAGAACAAUAUUUAAAUAUGA